UAAUUAGAGCGUGAAUGAGUCGGAAAGAAGCUGAGAUUGAGUAGAGAGAGAAAUGAAGACGGCGGUUGCAAAAAAGAUGCACUGGUGAAGAGGAGAGGGAGGGAGAGAAAAGGAGAGAAAGGGGUGGAGGGAACGUAAGCGCUCAAAAGUGGGAAGUCGGGGCAGCUGUGACGCACUGGAGCGACAAAGCAGUCGGGAUAAAGUGCAAUGAAAAUUAUCCGACUACAAUGCAGAGAUACAGGAGGACCAAUCUUCUAAUUUUUCUUCUAAUUUUGUUCUUAUAGAGACCUGAAGGAGCCAACAAACCACAGAUUAGACUGCCUUCUUUCUGCAUAUUACUCCCACUUAUGAGCAUGAUUUCUCUGAUAGUUGAGCUGGACACAACCUAAAUUGCUGCUGCAGUUCCGCCUGCUGUAUUGAAGCCGGUCACGAAACUGAGUAAACCUCUUGAUAUUCUGCAACAUGUUGGAAUUGAACUGCUCCCUUGCUGAUCUAUUCUCAUCUAAUUCCACAAUUUUCAAUGGACCCGGCUGCCCUGAUGCUGCUUUGGCAUGUGGCAUGAAUAUCUCCUGGGUUCUAGCUAACACUACAGCCAAAGAUCUGGAUGUGUUGUGCUGGAGGGUAGAGGAUUACCUUGCAGGAAAGCUUGGGCUCCAGACAUCCCCAGUGUUUCUCCCCAUCUGUGUCACCUACCUCACCAUCUUCUUGGUGGGGGUACUGGGAAAUUCUUUGACUUGUGUGGUCAUUUUGCGCUACAGGGUGAUGCAGACGCCGACAAACUAUUACCUGCUGAGCCUGGCAGCGUCUGACCUGCUGGUGCUGCUGCUGGGCAUGCCGUUAGAGAUCUACGAGAUGUGGCAGAACUACCCCUUCCUGCUCGGAGAGGGAGGCUGCUACUUCAAAACGUUCCUGUUUGAAACCGUCUGCUUCGCUUCGAUCCUCAAUGUCACAGCUCUUAGUGUGGAGCGCUAUGUUGCCGUGGUGCACCCACUCAAAGUCAAACACAUGACUACACGAGCUCGUGUCAAGAGGGUGAUCUUCAUGCUGUGGGUGCUGUCCAUGCUGUGUGCUGUGCCAAACACCAGUCUGCAAGGGAUUGAGGAGCUGGAGCCAUUGUUUGGACGAAGAUUUCCCCAAUCUGCUGUGUGCAAAGUGGUUAAGCCCCUGUGGGUGUACAACCUGAUCAUCCUGAUUUCAACACUGGUCUUCUUCCUGCUCCCCAUGCUGAUCAUCAGUAUUCUCUACCUGCUCAUUGGUAUACAGCUGCACAGGGAGAAGGUUUUGACUGUGAUUGACCCAAGGUGUAGCUUUGGACCAGAAAGUCUCUCCAAGUCCCACAAGCAGAAGCUGAGCAAACGCAACAUGCAAGUCACUAAAAUGCUGUGUGUGCUGGUGGUAGUAUUCGGAUUCUGUUGGGCUCCCUUCCACCUGGACCGCUUGAUGUGGAGCUACAUGGACACCUCUGAUGAGAAGCACAUCCAUAUAUUUGGGCCAAUCCACAUCGUGUCUGGAGUCUUCUUCUACCUGAGCUCUGCCAUCAACCCCAUCCUCUACAACCUCAUGUCCACCAGGUUCAGAGAGAUGUUCAGUCACAUUACCUGCUGCUCUAAACGCUGGCAGUCUCGCUCCAGCUUAAAGAUGACCCAACGCAGCACCUUGAGCGACAGAUUGACCAACAGUUUGAAAACGACUUAGGUCAAAGUCAAAUAAUCUUAUAUACUGGGCAUAAUGGUAGCCAUUAAACCUUCAAAUGGGAAGGACAUGAACUGAACAGAUAUUUCUCUGUAAUUGGUAUGCCAUGCAGAUGAAGACAACCAAAAGUUAACCUGAAUAUAUUGUACCAAGUGACAUGGGCUACAUAACUAGCAUUAGCGAUUAUCUAUUUUCUGAACAAAACAGAUGCAACUCAGCGCUCAGCAUCCUAAGCGCAGUAACAUUCUCAACAUUGCCUGUUUUUGGUCGCAAACCUAAGUCAACUUUUUGAACACGACCCCGCUAAUCGAUGAUACUUCCCCCCUCACUAUUCCCUCACCUACCAAUCAAGAUCAAGAAGGGGCGGGACUUCCUUAUCAACUUUGUCAAGGUAGAAACUUUUCCUCACACUGUUUAUCUCAUGCACCCAGACUUUUUUCAACAGUACAAUUUCCAGGACUAGAGCUGCUGUUAAUGCAAGGACAUGGCUCCUAUCCAUUUUUCUUACAUAUUUGGACUUUUCUUACAUAUAACAGACUUAACUUAGUUAUCUACUAACAGUAGGUGCUGGUGAGAAGCACUCUCAAAUUAAGCACACAGGCCCUAAGAUAAGAAUAUUCACAUUCUGUACAUUACAUUUGUUAGUCUGCAAACUUUGACACAGUACCUCAAAUUGAAUAUAGAGAAUAACAAAGGUAACAGGUCAUAGAGCUAAAAGAUGCAAAUUGUGAUCGAGUAGCAGCAACCUCAGAGGUCAAUGUUAGCAUGAACAAUAAAAUGAUCAUGUAAAUGAUUCAACAGCGUUUUCAAGCAUGGCAAAUGUUACCCAUGUGUCUAAAAAAAAAUAAAAAAUUAUCUUUGUGAACUCCCAGGCUGUGUUUAUUGUGUUUAAAUGUGCUGCUUUAUAACAUUCAAGGCUCACCAUUUCACUGCUGUAGAGCUACAAGUUCUAACAUUUACUUGCUUUUAGAGCAAAGAUUGAAUGUACAAUGGCUCCUGUCAAAAAGAAAGAAUAUUUGUCAAAGAACUGGAGUAGAUAAUGAGAGUUGGUGCAGGAAAGAAUGGGGAAUACAAAUCUGACUUGCUGCUUGUAUAACCAGUGAGGAAGGUGAUUAAUCAUGUGCUUUACAUAUGAUAAUAUAUUCUGAAAGUACUUUGCGAUCAUUACUUGCUUCAUGCUACAUAGAUUUGUUCGAUAACUGUAUUUUUUUAAUUACUUAAAUAAAGUAAAACAAUUCUAUUCAUUGUUGUAUAGUGUAAUCAUUUAAGAAAAUGUGUCCUGCCAGUGUUGAAGAAUUGCUCCCUAUAAAAAUGUUUUUGCUGUUUUAUGUAUUGAAUGAAUUUAUUUCUGCAAUCUUUAUGAAAAAUAAAACUGUAUAUAGGUCAUGUGAAUAUGUAUCAAACCUUUUAUGAAUGCAUGGAACCUGAUAAGAGUGUUCUUUGCUUCUUAAUGAUAACAUGAAUGUUUUACUCUCUAUGUACCCUUGAAAUGAUAUACUGUAUACUGUUGUUACAUAAAUUGCUUUGAACAUUAA